GUUUGUUUGUAAAUGCAUCAUAAACAGACAGCCCAGAAUGAAGAAAGCAAGCAGGAGUGUUGGCUCAGUGCCCAAAGUGCCUGGAGUAAAUAAAACUCAAAUAGCUGAGAAAAACAAGCCAGAAAACAGCUCCUCUGUGUCUGCAGUAACAAAACUCUCAAAAACUGGGACAUCAGCAUCCCUUUUGAAGACUAAGAGUAAUGAUGACCUCUUAGCAGGGAUGGCUGGUGGUGGUGGAGUGACGAUGACCAAUGGUGUCAAGGCAAAGAAGAGCACUUGUGUAUCAGCAGCAUCUUCAGCUUCAGGGACCACCAUGAACAGUCUGGAAAAUAAACCAAAAACUGUUUCAGGUACAAGUUCCACAACUAAGCGUAGCACUUCAUCUGGAAAUAAAGAAUCAAGUUCUUCUAGGGAGCGAAUACGUGAUCGUUCUCGUUUGAGCCAGAGCAAAAAGCUACCUUUGACUGGACAGGGGACCAAUGAUAUGGUACUGGCAAAACGCUCUCGUAGUCGUACCAAUCCAGAAUCAGAUAUUCGAAUGAGCAAGUCCAAAUCAGACAAUCAGAUCAGUGACAAAGCUGCUUUGGAAGCAAAGGUGAAUGAUCUUCUGACGUUAGCAAAAACUAAGGAUGUGGAAAUCUUGCAUCUGAGGAAUGAACUGAGGGAUAUGCGUGCUCAGCUAGGACUUAAUGAAGAUCAACUUGAAGGUGAUGAAAAAUCUGAAGAAAAAGAGGCCAUUGUUGUCCAUCAACCCACUGAUGUAGAGUCCACGUUGCUACAGUUACAGGAACAAAAUACUGCCAUCCGAGAAGAGCUCAACCAGUUGAAAAAUGAGAAUCGAAUGCUAAAAGACAGGUUAAAUGCUUUAGGCUUUUCUUUGGAACAAAGGCUGGACAACUCUGAAAAGCUCUUUGGCUAUCAGUCUUUGAGCCCAGAGAUUACAGCAGGCAGCCACAGUGAUGGUGGUGGUACUCUGACAUCGUCAGUGGAAGGUUCUGCCCCGGGAUCAAUGGAAGAUCUAUUAAGUCAAGAUGAAAAUACUUUGAUGGACAAUCAGCACAGUAAUUCAAUGGAUAAUUUAGACAGUGAGUGCAGUGAAGUUUAUCAACCACUGACAUCAAGUGAUGAUGCCUUAGAUGCUCCAUCAUCUUCGGAGUCGGAAGGUGUACCAAGUAUAGAAAGAUCUAGGAAAGGAAGCAGUGGCAAUGCCAGUGAAGUGUCCGUAGCUUGCCUGACAGAACGGAUACAUCAGAUGGAAGAGAACCAACACAGCACAGCAGAAGAACUCCAAGCAACCCUUCAAGAGCUUGCAGAUUUACAACAAAUAACACAAGAGCUGAACAGUGAGAAUGAAAGACUUGGAGAAGAGAAAGUAAUCCUUAUGGAAUCUUUGUGCCAGCAAAGUGACAAAUUAGAACACUUCAGCCGGCAGAUUGAGUAUUUUCGAUCCCUUUUAGACGAACACCAUAUCUCAUAUGUAAUUGAUGAAGAUAUGAAAAGUGGUCGCUAUAUGGAGUUAGAGCAGCGUUAUAUGGACCUUGCAGAGAAUGCUCGGUUUGAGCGAGAGCAGCUGUUAGGUGUUCAGCAGCACUUGAGCAACACGUUGAAGAUGGCAGAACAAGACAACAAGGAGGCCCAAGAAAUGAUAGGGGCAUUAAAAGAACGAAAUCACCACAUGGAACGGAUUAUUGAAUCAGAGCAGAAGAGCAAGACAGCAAUAGCAUCUACCUUAGAGGAGUACAAAGCCACGGUAGCCAGUGACCAAAUUGAGAUGAACAGGCUGAAAGCUCAGUUAGAGCAUGAAAAGCAGAAAGUGGCUGAGUUGUAUUCUAUACACAACUCUGGAGAUAAAUCAGAUAUACAAGACUUGCUGGAGAGCGUAAGACUGGAUAAAGAAAAAGCAGAGACAUUGGCCAGUAGUCUGCAAGAAGAGCUGGCACACACUCGCAAUGAUGCCAAUCGAUUGCAGGAUGCUAUUGCUAAGGUUGAAGAUGAAUACAGAGUGUUCCAAGAAGAAGCCAAGAAACAAAUUGAGGAUCUCAACGUGACUCUAGAAAAACUUCGGACAGAGCUGGACGAGAAAGAGACUGAGAGAAGUGACAUGAAAGAAACUAUCUUUGAGCUGGAGGAUGAAGUAGAGCAGCAUCGUGCUGUGAAACUUCAUGACAAUCUCAUCAUAUCUGAUUUGGAGAAUACAGUUAAAAAACUUCAGGACCAAAAGCAUGACAUGGAAAGAGAAAUAAAGAAUCUUCACAGGAGACUCCGGGAGGAGUCAGCAGAAUGGCGUCAGUUCCAAGCUGAUCUACAGACUGCAGUGGUUAUAGCAAAUGAUAUAAAAUCUGAGGCCCAGGAAGAGAUAGGAGACCUAAAGCGUAGAUUACACGAAGCUCAGGAGAAAAAUGAGAAGCUUACUAAAGAGUUGGAGGAAAUAAAGCAGGAAGAAGAACGUGGUCGAGUGUACAAUUACAUGAAUGCUGUAGAAAGAGAUUUGGCAGCCCUGAGACAGGGAAUGGGGCUGAGUCGCAGAUCAUCUACUUCCUCAGAGCCAACUCCUACUGUAAAAACACUCAUCAAGUCAUUUGACAGUGCCUCCCAAGUUCCAAGUCCUGCUGCUGCCACAAUUCCUCGCACUCCCCUGAGUCCAAGCCCCAUGAAAACUCCUCCAGCCGCUGCUGUGUCCCCUAUGCAGAGGCAUUCUAUAAGUGGACCAAUCUCAGCUUCAAAACCCCUUGCUACUUUGACGGACAAAAGACCAAGCUAUGCUGAAAUCCCUGUUCAAGAACACUUGUUGAGAACAUCUUCUACCAGCAGGCCAGCAUCAUUGCCAAGAGUACCUGCUAUGGAAAGUGCCAAGUCUAUUUCGGUUUCUCGAAGAAGUAGUGAAGAAAUCAAACGGGAUAUCAGUGCACCUGAUGGAGCAUCUCCAGCCUCUCUUAUGGCAAUGGGUACCACCUCACCACAGCUCUCACUCUCAUCUUCUCCUACAGCAUCAGUCACCCCUACCACCAGAAGCCGAAUAAGGGAAGAAAGGAAAGAUCCCUUGUCCGCCCUAGCAAGAGAAUAUGGAGGAUCCAAGAGAAAUGCCUUACUUAAGUGGUGCCAGAAAAAAACAGAAGGAUAUCAGAAUAUCGACAUAACAAACUUCAGCAGUAGCUGGAAUGAUGGCUUGGCUUUCUGUGCAGUCCUCCAUACUUACCUCCCAGCCCAUAUUCCAUAUCAAGAACUAAACAGCCAGGACAAGAGAAGAAAUUUCACUUUGGCUUUUCAGGCAGCUGAAAGUGUUGGCAUCAAAUCUACUCUGGACAUCAACGAAAUGGUGCGAACUGAGCGUCCAGACUGGCAGAAUGUCAUGCUGUAUGUUACAGCAAUUUACAAAUACUUUGAAACCUGAAACCCAAGUAAUCCAACAGACUUGUGGGAUAGAACCAACGCUAGCUACCAGAUGGAAAUCUUACUGAAACGCUAAUCUCCAUUUCACUGAAAACUGGCAACAUUUGAGUCCUCUCAAACUUCAGUGACAUGAUCCUGGGUUGCCUCAAGUUGCUUCAGCUACUAAGCCUGGAAACACCUGUUUAAAAGCAAGAACUUGUUGCCACGCUGCUUGGAAUAACCCAAGUUGUUAAGCUGUCCGGA